AUGGACUGCGUCGAGGCGGCGCUGGCAGCGAACCGCGCGUAUGUGGCAGGGAUGGCGGCAUUGAUCGGCCAGAUGGAGGCGCAGGAAGUCGCGAUCAUGAAGAGAAUGAAGUUUAUUAGAGAAACUAUGCGCGCGGAGCAGCGUGCGGCCAUGGAGGACCACUUCGCCGAGGCCAUAGGUCAAUCGUCGAAGCCGGCAUCGGCGACGAAAGCAGGCACCUCGAAGAAGCGCAGCCGUGCGUACUUUCAAAAUGCUUCUGGCGGGGCCUUCCAUGAGGUGCUGGUAUGGCAAAAUCCCGAUGCGUUGUUUGUCCGGGCCGUGCGCUCGAAAUUUCAGAACUUCAACUUUCCUCCACACAGAAAGUGGCUCCCCAAGGAGCUAUCAGCAUGUCGAGAGGCUGUGGAUGCAGCUCUUUGGCGUGAUGGCGUGCAAUGGCACCGAAUUCCUGUCGUCGCCAAGUUAAACGGACGCACCGGUCACGCUUGUUACCUUCAGUGGACGAUGGAACGUGUUCGUGCAGUUGAAGCGACACAUCCAUGGACGUCGGAUGAAGACAAUGAACUCCGCCGGCUCCGCGAGUCGGCGAUGACGUGGGGUGAUGUGGCAAGCACCAUGAGUCAACUCUAUCCUGAGCGUCCCGUCGUCUCGUACAUGCUGAGAUUCCUUCGCCACAUCCAAGGUGUCCAGCACAAAACGAAAUGGACGGACGCCGACGACGCUGCGCUCAAGGCCGCCGUCGCAGUGCAUGGUGGGGAGGCAAAUGUGUGGCAAUUGGUGGCCGAAUGUCUCGAUGGGUUUCUUCCCAACCAGUGUGGCACACGGUGGCGGCAAUCAACGUGUCCAUUGGUGAAGACGGGGAAUUUUACUCUCGAGGAAGAUCGACGGCUUCUUUUGGCGAUGGGUGCCGAUAAAAAAAGACAAGUGGAGAUGUUCCCAGAGCGGAACAUGUCCUGGUACAAACACGUCGACUGGAACAUGGUCAAGGAGUUAGUUCCCCAGCGGACAAGUGCCCAGUGCCGCGAACGCUUUAACGAUUCGCUCCACCCAAACCUCGUCACAUCCGCCUUCACGCGAGAAGAAGACGAGUUGUUGCGGCACUGGGUGUCCAUUCACGGCACGCGAACGUGGCGCCUCAUUAGCCAGCACCUCCCCGGGCGCACGAACGAUCAAUGCAGGCGACGAUGGGGCACACUACACUCAAAACUCAAGGUUGCUGCCACACACGCCUUCACUCAACCAGCCACUGCAACUAGCCCAGACAGCCAAGAAUAG